GCGGCGGUAGAUCAGUGGGGACUGCGGGGGCGAGGAGAGGUGACGCGGAGCUCUUGCGUCGGACACACCCGGCACGCAAGUUCAGAAAGCUUGAAGAAAGUUUACGAAGAGUCUGUGAAAGGUUGGCCGCUCUUUGCGCUGCGUGGACAAGUCAAGGUCACAUUCAGGCCUCGCCGCACAUGUGUGGCGGGCCCGGAACGGUGCCACCCGACCCGCCUGUACACCGCGCGGAGGCUCCAAUGACCCGUGUGGGACGCGCCACCACCUGUUGGAAUUGUGCCAGCUGGGCGGCACGUUCGUGUGUGGUCGGCGUUCAGAGAACGGCGGCGUCGUGUCCUCAGCACAUUGGUUCCGGGAGACCCGUCCAGCGGCCGCGCCCGUGCUAGCACCCCCAGCAUGACCCAGGAGUCGGACGAGCCGGCGGCGGCGGCGGCGGCGGUGGCGACGGUGGCGCCACCGCUGCCGCGUCGAGCGACUGUGCAGUUCGCGGCGGACACGGCCGCGCCGCGCGAGCCUGACGAGCAGCCGCGCAGGCCCCGCGAGCCGGACGAGCAGCCGCGCAGGCCCCGGCUGCACUCGUCCUCGUCGCGGCCGUCGGUGGCCGACAAGCUGAGCCAGAUGAACCUGAGCUUCGCCGGCUGCGGCUUCCUCGGCGUCUACCACAUCGGCGUGGCGGCCUGCAUGCGCCGCUACUGCCCGGAGCUGCUGAUGAACCGGAUCGCCGGGGCCUCGGCCGGCGCCAUCGCCGCCGCGGCGCUCAUCUGCCAGACGAGCCUCAGUGAGAUCAUGUCUGACCUGGUGAACGUGGCCCGGGUCAUCCAGGCGCACAUGGGCGGCCCGUUCAGUCCAUUCGUCUCCGUGCCGGCGAUGCUGCACGCUGGACUGCAGAAGAACCUGCCGGACAACGCGCACGUCCUGUGCUCAGGACGUUUGCACGUCUCGGUCACCCGCCUGGAGGACGGCCAGAACUGCAUCCUCUCCCACUUCGAGUCCAAGGAGGAGCUGAUUUCGGCGCUGAUGUGCACGGCGUUCAUCCCGGCCUUCUCCGGCUGGCGGCCGCCGCGUUUCGCUGGCAAACGCUACAUGGACGGCUGCUACAGCAACAACCUGCCGACGCUGGACGACCGCACCAUCACCGUCAGCCCGUUCUGCGGAGAGGCCGACAUCUGUCCCCGUGACCGUUCGCUCAGUCUGACUGUGAUCGACGCGGCCAACACACGGGUGGAGAUGACGCCCGAGAACCUGCUGCGCGUCUUCAUGAUCAUGUACCCGCCCUCGCCGGAGACGCUGUCCGACCUCGCCAACCAGGGGUUCAAUGACGGCAUCCGGUUCCUGAUGCGUCACGAUCUGAUGAAGUGCCAGAUGUGCGUGCUGACCACGGAGAUCGUGGGCCGCGCCUACUCCAGCUGCGGCCGGCUCAUCCAGCACGUACACUGCGACGACUGCUGCACCAAACAGCAGGAGGCCAUGGUGGCCAGGCUGCCGGACUCUGUGCACGAGCCGCUGUACCAGAACAUCCUCAGCUCGCGCCGGCUCUUCCGGAACUGGGUGCUCGACUUCCCGGGCGUGCGGCAUCUGCUGGUGCUGGCUCUGCCCUGGACGCUGCCCUGGACCAUCGUGCGCAGCAUCUACCGCAGACUGGUGGCCCGGGUGCCGCAGCUGAGCAACCUGAUGGAGUCGCUGACCAGCGAGGUGAUCCGCGCUGUCCACAACGGCUUCAGCGCCCACCUGCCCAAGUCCCAGCAGGUGCACGCGCGCUACACCUGCCGCGUCAACGUCACGGAGUACGGCGAAUCGGCUGGCGUGGAGGACGGCCAGGCGGGGCCGACGGAGCCCGAGACGGAGCCUUACAUCCCCGGCAUCGUGCGCCGCUUCGACCGCCAGUUCCAGGUCGACUUCACCAACAAGGGCUGCGGAACGACUAUGGUGCGGACCACCAGCGACGCCGAACGGCUGGAGACGGAAGUUAUGGCUGCCGGCACGUCACGAGAUGGCGGGCCCGGUGUCGAGGUGCUGGACGUCAACUUGCCAGAGGCCGCCGUCGGCCCGUUCGACCGUGAGGUGUUGCGCAUGGCGCUGGAAGCUCAGGGCGACUCCGACUGCGGUGUCAGCUGGUACUACACCGACAAGGAUGGCAAUGUGCGCGUGCGCCAUGUGUCGGCCGUGCCGACGCCGGUGGCCACGCCGUGCGCCUCGCGGCGUCCGAGCGUCUGUGACGACGGGCUGGACGCGCCGUCGCUGGAGGCGAUGCGCCGCGCCGCCGCCGCCUGCCGCGCCGACGCCGACGCUGACGACGACGCCGACGGCGAGGACGAGAGGGAGGAGAACGUGACGUACGACGCCGGCAUGGGGGUCAUAAAGGAAGAGGCGAACGAUAUGCUCCCCGAAGACUAGUUGCUCCCAGCGGCGGCAGGUGGCAGCAGGGAUGAUGUGCUCCCGGAGACUAGUCGUUCCGGGCGGCGGCAGGUGGCAGCAGGGACGAUGUGUCUCCGAAGACUAGUCGUUCGCGGCGGCGGCAGGUGGCAGCAGGGAUGAUGUGUUCCUGAAGACGUCGUCGCCAUAUCAAUGCAAUCACGAUGUGUUCACCGGCAUGGCCCACCUGGGAACAUUUAAUGAUAGGAAGUCAUUGCCAUGCAGGAAUUUCAUGUCGCUUUAAUGUCAUAAUCAUCGCCAUGUUAUGUGUAGUACCCAUUGCAUUGUACCACCCCUCGACCCCUCGCAUUGUAUUGUUUUAUCUCAAGUGUUUCAGCGGUCCCGACCUGCUGUGUAGGUCUCACGCUGUGUGGAGUGCUCAGUCCCGUUGUUCAACUGUUGUGAUUCCGUGAGUUUGUAAAAAGCCUUGAGAAUUUGUAUUUACGUUGCGGGCAGGGUACAGACCACCAACAGCGCGGUACUAUUCCUUGUUGUGCACGCGAAACCCAGCCUGAAAGUGAACGUCCACUUGGCGUUGCCUGCUGCUCGUAGGGCAUAGCGCCUUCACUCGCAACGAUAUGUGUGCUGUGAUUAUUCUAUUGGUUCGUAUCUAGUGGUUAGUUUGUUCAUGAGUUUUCGUUGGUUAAUUGCGCGUUUAGCACUGAACCGACGUGUGGAAAUCCAUUAUAGCGUUUGCGAUGUGUGAUGGUUCUCAUUUAGGCUGGUAGUAUUUAAUCUUGUGGAUCCUCGCACCGAAUGUUUAUUCUCAGGUUAGUUUAUGCACGUAGCGUUUGAGUGUCCUCUGGACCGUCCUGUACCGGUCCGGUGGAGGUAUUUCGGCGCCCGGUCGAAUGUGCACCAGGACUGUUUUACUGCGCGAAAUUGUUCUCAGCUCUUUACCGUAUGACACAUUGAACUCAAAUUUCGACUGUUCGGAUUAUCAUUUCAGCAAAAGUGAAUGAUGGUUUCACGUCUCACGAGCUUUAAUGCAAUCCUCGUUCUUAGACGUCCUCGACAUCGUUUAACCUUAGGUUAAGUAUGCUUUCACGGUUCCCUUUCAGCCCCGCGUGUGGUUGUCACUCCGCGGUCUCAGGGUUUAGUCUUUAAUAAACUUAAACGAGCUGUA